AAGCAGCUUUUAUAUGGGAGGCAAAAACUCUGUAAAUCGCCUGCAUGUAAAAGUCAUACAUCGUGUUUAUCUCGGCGCGCAACGGCCGUUCGGCUAACGUACCAAGCUAACGCUGUUAGCUUAUUCAAACUUGGCAUCAGAAUCUGAGUUUCUCCUCAAGGUGCUGGUCACGUGAAUCGACGAUUAGUUGCUAUAUUGUUCUUCUCAUGAUUUACGAGUAUAAAUGAUAAAGAUAAUAUGCCGUGAAUUAACUUAAUGUUUGUCGAGGUUUCAUAGUCCGCCAAUAUUAAGUAAUCACACGAGGCCGUGGCGUAUGUAAGUUAAACGUGUGAGGAGAAUUCUUGCUUGGUUGGUACGAACCCUCAUUUGGUUAGGUUCUGCUUAACAUCGCAUAAUUUUAUUUAGUCGUGCUUGCGUGUAUGUAGGGUGUAGUAACAUUUAAAGUAUUUGCAUAAACUGGUUUGACUUGAUUGGCUUCUCAGGAAGUGAACUGUGAAAGGUUUCGAUUUCAGUUUAGCACCAGGCGUGGUUUCUUUUCUCGUUGUAAUACAUUAGUUUGCAAAAAUCCAUAGUCCAUUACAUUAACCAUAGUAAUUUGUCUUGCAUUACUGGCAACUCAUUAUAAGCAUAUCUUGUCACAGUGCGUUUCAGGCUCUGCGUAACACAUUAGCAAAGAUGGUGAAGAUCUUCAUUGGGAACCUGCCUCCACAGGCAGAAGCAGAAGAAAUAAAGUCUCUGUUCGCUCAAUAUGGAACGGUCACUGAGUGCGCCAUUAUCAAGAACUUUGCCUUUGUCCACAUGGAUGAUCGCAAAAGUGCUACAAAGGCAAUAAAAAACCUUCAUUUAUACAAGCUGCAUGGAACACCCAUCAAUGUUGAGGCAAGUCGGGGCAAAAACCAGGGCCCGGUGAAACUUCAUGUUGCCAAUGUGGAGAAAGGAGCAGAUGAAGAGCUCAGAGCGCUGUUUGAAGAGUAUGGCUCUGUUUCUGAAUGUGCCGUCAUUAAAAACUUUGCCUUUGUACACAUGAGCAAUUCCGAUGAGGCCAUGGAUGCCAUCAAGGGGUUGGACAACUCUGAUUUCCAAGGCAAACGAAUUCAUGUGCAGAUUUCAAAGAGUCGACCAAGAGGCGAGGAGGAAGACUAUGGCCCCCCAGACGGUGGAUUUUGGCCACCCCGUUUCCCUGGUGACAGGCCCGAGCCUCCUGGUUAUCCUAGGGGUCGCUUCGGGUAUCCCCCUGGUCCCCCUCCACCACCACCACCCAUGCCCCCCAGACGCCCCCCAUACCCAGAGCGUGCAGCACCGGCAUACGAGCGAGAACGCGGUGUGGUCGAUUAUUACGAGAAGUACCGUGCUCGCCCUUAUGGCGGCGUCUCAUAUGAGGACCGGCGUCCGGGUGCCAUCCCCCCUCCCCCACCUCCCCCGUCAUCCAGCAUUAUGAGAGAAAGAUUGUCUGGCAAUGGCCUCGACCCCUAUGAGCGACGCCCCCUUCCACCACCGCCAUCCUCGUACUAUGCACGAGACCGCAGUCCCAUCAGACGAAUUCCUCCUCCCCCUCAGGCACCCGCCGGGAAUGGUUACUCAUUCGAGCGAUCUCGUCUCUCACCUCUCUCCAUGUCUCGGACCCCGAUGUACAGCAUGCCUCGGGCCAGAGACCCCUAUGCUGACAGGGCGGCGCCACCUCCACCACCUCCGCGCUACUCGUAUUAAAGUGCACCAGUGCGCUUUUGUAAUCCAAGGUGUAAAUUAUUCCACAAGAUCGUCGUCGUUGUCUCCAGGUGCACGUGCCGCGAUGCGUCUUUGUCUGCCAGAGCGCGUUUCGUUCGCCUGCGCACCAUAGUGGAAGAGUUCUGUUGCGGACUGCACAUUCUAUAAAACUACCGCUUUUACACGCAUAAAAACGUCCUCAUGCUAAAUUGUCAACUCUGCUUUAUUUUUUGCCUUGUUUUUAUUGUUUAACAUUGGAUAGGUGAGAGAAGCACUAAGCCAGAAUACAUAAAUUAGGGUAACUUGGUGGUUUGGUUAAGACUAUUAAAGGAACGUCUUAUAAAAAUUCUUCUAUCAAAGAACUCUUCAUUGUAUUACACUGUACCUUUUUACCUUUAAAAAUCUGGAAGGAGGUUAUAAUUUGUUGUUAAACUACUGUAGCAAGCGCCAUGACAAUUUUGAUUUGGAACCAAAAAUUAAUGUGUAAAGUUUUUUUUUUUAUUUUUUUUUUAUUUUAUUUUUUUUGCCCUCUCUAAUCAAUUUGCUAAAGUGCAGCAUGCAAGAAAGCAUACAGUCUCCGCAGCAAUAAAACCUUUCCGUCUACUGGCUUUAUUGAAAAUGUGUUGUAAAGUGUGCAUUUUAAUUAAGAAGUUAAAUGACUUUGUAUCAUUUUCUUUCAUAGGAACACUUGCAAGUUUUAAUAAAAAAAAAAAAAGACUGGAACUUGGUUCGUCGUUUUGCUUUUAUUGCCAACCUUUUAAACUCAAGUUGCCUAAAAUAGGCAUAAAAGUUACUAUGUAGUUACUAUGUCAAAAAAUUAAAACCCAUAACAUCUUGCUUCCUAGUUUAGAAGUAUUACGGAGAAUGAAACCGCUUCUGCGGCGAAAUGAAAACGAUUACCAUCACUUCGUCUUCAAAUCUAUUAUUUUGCCCUAAACCAUUAUCGUCUUUGUAUUCCUGCUCUGUGUCCAAAUAAUCCUAUCAUUCAGAUUCACAAAGUGGGUAGAUUUGCCAAUAUUUCCAAUCAGUGGUUCUUUGUAAGUGUAAUUGUGACAGGUAAGUCGUUUGAUUUUAGUUUCUUCAGCAUGCCUUUUAUAUACUUAAUUGUUUCAAGGUAUAGGUUCAGUACAGAGACUGAAUAUGUGUCUCAGGAACCAAAUGUUUUGCAAGUGAUGCUGAACUCAUUCCUGAGGGUAAGUUUUAUAUUUUAGGUUAACUUGUGCAUGUCCCCCCUCAUAGUUUUGUCUUGAAUUUACAAUAAAAUGUUAUGUCUGUUCAUUCAUUUACCCUUGGGACACCAAAUGAAUGUGCCUCUUCUGGCAGUGCUCUCCGCAUAGAAAUAUUUUAUUUUUCCUUUAUAAGGUGACUGCAAUUUCAAUAAGCUAAUAAAGCUUUUCUUUUUCU